AUGAUUCGAGGCUUCGUUGGGAACGUAAGGAGAGAAACGAAAGAUGAGUUCAUUAAAGAAGUUUUCCAGUGGGUAGGUCUGACAAUUCCAGAUUCGGCUGAACCAUGGAACUUGGCCUAUGAUGAGAAACACGACCAGCCGAUGACAUAUGCAGAUGAAAUAGAUGAACAGUUGACACUAAGCGAUUUGGAAGAUGAGUUGCCCCUGAUUAAGACUGUCACGGUGCAAUCAAGCAUUCAUGACCUCAGCUGUUUUAUCAAGGAGAAGUCAGAACCGCUGCUAAUCGCUGGACCGUCGGGCAGCGGCAAAUGGACGUUGAUCAAGCAUUGUGCCUACUUGCUGGAAAAUCUAAUGGUCACAACGAUCCACUGCACUCCACAAACAGCACCGAUCCACAUCAUUCAACGUCUCAGCGAAUCAUGCGUCGUGACGAACAACGCUUAUGGAAGAGUAUAUCACCCAAGAGAAGGUCAGCAGUUGCUGCUGUUUGUGAAAGAUGUAAAUUUUUCGAAGGUUGACAAAUGGGGCUCGAGUCAGCUCAUUGCCUUCUUUCAUCAGAUUAUAUCGCAUGGCGGAUUUGUGGACGAUGAUUUGGAAUGGGCCAGUCUUGAAAAUAUUCGAUUGGUCUUCAGCGUUAAUACGGAUCUGAAAGACGCUAGAUGCUUGGUUCCGAUUCGUUUUACAUCUCUGUUAAGGAUAUGCAGCAUCAGCUAUCCAACGAAGGCAGAACUGGAAAAUACUUACACUAGGAUUUUGAUGCCAAUCGUUUGCAAUCUUUUCAAUGCAAGUGGAGGCAGGGCUGUUGAAAUGACCGCGUCGAAGCUGGCAAGAUCCAUGAUAGAGAUUUACGACAAAGUAUGCUGCAGACAGCUUUUGGCGUAA